AUGGGCUGCGUGAGUAGGGGACUCUGUGAGUACGAGACUCCACGUAUCGUGAAGAUCCACAGCUGUAAAGUCUCCUUGGCCAAUCGCCUCAUCCAACUCCUCAUCGUCGCCUACGUUGUUGGCUGGGUGUUCGUGGUGCAGCGUGGGUACCAGGACUCGGAGGAGGUCCUCAGCUCCGUCACCACCAAAGUGAAGGGAGCGGCGCUCGCUGACAGCGCCGUCUUCGAUGCAGCAGACUACGUUGUGCCGCCACAGGAGCCGAAUUCUUUCUUCGUGAUGACCAACUUCGUACUCACUCCCAACCAGACGCAGGGCACCUGCCCCCAGGUGAGGCUGUUGACGGGGAGCUGCGUGCGAGCGGGGGGAGCGGCCUCCAAGUCGUGUGAGGUGAGGGCCUGGUGCCCUCUGGAGCACAGCGACCACGUGCCCUCCCCUGCGCUGCUGCAGGGUGCAGAGAACUUCACGGUGCUCAUCAAGAACAGCGUCCAGUUCCCUAAGUUCAGCUUCUUCAAGAGGAACAUCGCGAGCGGCACCAACGGCAGCGCCCUCCGCUCCUGCCGCUACGACGCCCGGCGCGACCCUCACUGCCCAAUCUUCCGCCUGGGAGACGUCGUCGCUGGCGCGGGAGAGAACUUCCAGCAGAUAGCGCUGGAGGGUGGUGUGGUGGGCAUCAUGGUGGAGUGGAACUGCGACCUGGACCUGAGCUGGGAGCGCUGUCGCCCCUCAUACUCGUUCCAGCGCCUCGACGCGCGGCACAGCAACGAGACCAUCGCACCUGGUUACAACUUCCGCUUCUCUCGCUACUUCCUCAACGCGAACGGCACGGAGAGCCGAGCCCUCAUCAAGGCGUACGGCGUCCGCUUCGUGGUGCAGGUCUACGGGCAGGGGAGGAAGUUUAACAUCAUACCCACGCUGAUGAACGUGGGAUCGGGAAUCGCACUCCUAGGGGUGGCCACGGUGGUGUGUGAUGUUCUCGUGCUCUACGUCUUCAAACGCCGCCACUUCUACCGCGAGAAGAAAUUCAAAGACGCCUGUGAUGAGGACGGGGUGGAGGGGGACCGCACCCCUAUGACGUAGCCGGUGAGGACACCUCACCUCACCACACCUCAC